AUUUCACUAAAUCUCCCCCAGAGAGAAGAAAAAUAAAAAUAAAAUUCCAACUCCAAAUUUCUUCUUCUCUUCUUCCUUCUAACUUUUCCCUGAUCAGAUCUGCAAUAAAAAUAUCAAAACCCUAGAAAUUCUUCACAGAAAUCAAUUAGAUCUGAGGAGGAUUUUGUUCAGAAAUGACGCGGAUAACGGGGAUAGGGAAAGCAGCAUCAGUAUCAUUCGCGCCAGAUGCACCGUAUUUUGCAGCAGGAGCAAUCGCAGGAGCGCUAGAUGCGUCGUUUAGUAAUACAGCUAGUAUUGAGAUUUAUAAAAUAGAUUUUACAUCAGGUGAUGAAUUACCACUUGCUGGUUCAUAUCCAAGUCCAAGUAAUGAACCGUUCAGUCGUGUUUCUUGGGGGAAAGCUGGAUCUGGUACUGAACAAUUCUCUCUUGGUUUGAUUGCUGGUGGUCUUGGUGAUGGGAGUAUUGGUGUUUGGAAUCCACUUUCGUUAAUCAAUGGAACAGAUGACGCUCUUGUUCAUCAUCUCAAGCCGCAUACAGGACCUGUCCGUGGUCUGGAGUUUAAUCUUCACUCAAAUCUACUGGCGUCUGGGGCAGAUGAAGGAGAUAUCCACAUCUGGGAUAUGACAAAUCCAACAGAACCCAUUCACUACCCACCUCUAAAGAGUGUUGGAUCUGCUGCUCAGGGUGAAAUUGCUUAUCUAUCUUGGAAUCCGAAUCACAAUGUCCAACAUAUUUUAGCAUCUACAUCUUAUAAUGGGUCAACUGUUGUUUGGGAUCUGAAAAAACAGAAACCAGUGAUCAGUUUCCGUGAUCCAAGUAGAAGUCGGUGUUCUGUUUUGCAGUGGAAUCCUGCUGCUGCUACUCAGCUCAUGUUAGCGUCAGAUGAUGAUUCAUCGCCUUCUUUAAAGCUUUGGGAUGUAAGGAAUGCAAUGUCACCAGUGAAGGAGUUCGUUGGUCACACUAAAGGUGUUAUUGCAAUGAAAUGGUGUCCAACUGAUAGCCGUUACUUGCUAACCUGUGGAAAAGACAGUCGGACUCUUUGUUGGGACACAGUUAGUGGAGAGAUUGUGAGUGAAUUACCAGCUGGAAUGAACUUUGACCUUCACUGGUAUUCUAAGAUCCCAGGAUUGGUAUCAGCUUCUUCUUUUGAAGGAAAUGUUGGCUUCUACAACAUUGAGGGACAUAGAAGAUUAAAUGCAGGAGAGGCUUUCGGAGGCUCAGUGAACUUGAGAGCUCCAAAUUGGAUGAAAUGCCCAGUGGGUGUGUCUUUUGGUUUUGGAGGAAAGCUUGUUUCAUGUAAACCUGGUCAGUCAGCUAAUCCACCUAUUGGAAGUUCCGAGGUUUACAUCCACAACUUGGUUACUGAACUCAGUUUGGUGAGCCGCUCCACUGAAUUUGAAGCUGCAAUCCAAGAUGGAGAAAAGACCUCUUUGAGAGCAUUAUGUGAUAAAAAAUCUCAAGAAUCAAAAUCCGAGGAUGAUAGAGAAACAUGGGGUUUCUUGAAGGUUAUGUUUGAAGAAGAUGGGGCAGCAAGGACAAAGCUUCUCACUCACCUUGGGUUCGUUGCACAGACUGAUGAAGUUCUAGAGGAACUUCCUCAGGAAAUGAGUUCUGUCAAUCUUGAUGAUAGGAUAACUGAUGAAGCAGGGUCCACUGUGGAUAGGAGUUUAUUGCCUACGGAGGAUGCGGAAGAUUUCUUUAACAAUAUUCAAAGCCCGAGAGCUGAUCCACUUCCAUCCAAAUCUCAUGAUACCAUUGUUGGCGAAGAAAAUUUGUUAUCCAAUGGGGAAAGAGUUCAAGAGGAAUUGGAUGAACAGGUGGGAAGUGAUGCAUCUUCUUUUGAUGAUGACAUCCGAUGUGCUCUAGUUACUGGGAACUACAAGGGAGCUGUCUCACAAUGCAUAAAAGACAAUAGAAUGGCUGAUGCUUUAGUUAUAGCUCAUCUAGGCGGUGAAUCUUUGUGGGCAACCACACGUGAUCAGUAUCUAAAGAAGAGUACCUCGUCUUACUCGAAGGUUAUAUCUGCCAUGGUGAGCAAGGAUCUCACGAGCCUUGUAAACCACAGACCAUUGGACUCCUGGAAAGAAACACUUGCUCUUCUUUGCAAUUUUGCAGAGAGAAACGAGUGGGCUACACUUUGUGAUAGUCUUGCUUCGAGAUUAAUGACUGAUGGUAGAACACUAGCUGCCACACUCUGCUAUGUUUGUGCUGGUAAUGUUGAGAAGACUGUGGAAAUUUGGUCUAGAAGUCUGAACAAUGAACUUGAAGGGAGACCCUAUGUUGACCUUCUUCAGGAAUUAAUGGAGAAGACUAUCAUCCUUGCUUUUGCCACCGGGCAGAAGAGAUUUAGUGCACCUCUAUCCAAGCUUGUUGAAAACUACGCUGAACUACUUGCAAGUCAAGGGCUACUGACAACAGCAAUGGAAUAUCUGAAACUUUUAGGAUCUGAAGAAACAUCUCAAGAGCUUGCUAUUUUACGAGACCGCAUCUCUCUUUCGAUAGAAGAAACUGAAGAACCUAAGACUUCACAAUAUGAAAACCCUCAGCUACAGGAACCUGCAUAUCCUACAAACAUUGGUGCUGAUGUACCUGGUUAUGGUGUACCCAAUGGCAGCACCCCGCCUUAUUAUCAGCCACAUCCACAUGAUAAUCCUGCUGUCCCAUAUGACUAUUAUGCGGGAAAUUAUCCUGCACCUUCUCCUUUCCAGCAAGUACCACCACAGCCCUCCUUUCAGCAAGCACCACCACAACCCUCCUUCUAUCCGCCGCAACCCAACGUAUUCCUUCCAACACAAACACCUACGACUCCAUCGACAAACUUUCCUCCUGCAACUGUUGCUCACCCCACUGUGCACUCUUUUACCCCUUCAAAUCCUCUUCCUCUGAAAGAUGUGCAGAAGUAUCAGCAGACAACUUUGGGUGCUCAGCUAUAUCCUGGAGUUGCUAACACACCAUAUCCAAAUGUGCAAUCUUCAUCUGGUCCUCUUGGUGGUGGUCCCGCAAUUCCUGGCCAUACAGUGUCUCAGGGCCCUGCACCUAUACCUGCGCAAAGGCCUUUUAUGCCAGGAGGGAAUAACACUGCAGCAGGAUUUUCUCAACGACCUGCAAUGGGUGCUUCAAUGCAAGCUCCAAGUCCUGCUCAGCCACCGCAAGCAGUUGCAGCUCCAGCGCCUGCAACUCCACCACCUACAGUUCAGUCAGUUGAUACAUCAAAAGUUCCUGCUCAUCAGAAACCUGUCAUCAGCACAUUGACACGACUCUUCAACGAGACAUCAGAAGCACUUGGAGGUCCACAUGCACCUCCAGCAAAAAAGAGGGAAAUAGAUGAUAAUUCAAAGAAAAUGGGGGCAUUGUUUGCAAAACUUAACAGCUCGGACAUAUCUAAGAAUGCAGCUGAUAAGCUUAUUCAGCUUUGCCAUGCCUUGGACAAUGGUGAUUUUGUUACUGCCUUGCAGAUCCAGGUUCAAUUGACAACAAGCGAGUGGGACGAGUGCAACUUCUGGCUUGCAGCACUUAAACGCAUGAUCAAGACGAGGCAAAGUGUGAGAUGAAAGAAGGAAUGUGACUCGGAUGCAAAAGUUGUUUAUAGAAUUGAAGAAUGUAAGUGAUCAAGCUAGGAGGAGGAGAAAUUAACAAUGGACGAAAGUUCUGAUCAAAACAAUGGACGAAAGCAUCUGUCUGUUUCUUCUCUCGAUCUACUUACUGAUUUCUUGAGUUAGUUCUCAAUCUCCAGGAUCCGUUUUUUGGUUGGUGUCUAGUUUCUUGAGUUUGUUAACUUGCACCAUAUUUUUGCCUUGGCUGUAUUUUUUCUAUUUUUGUUUUUACAUAUUUGGGGGGUUAGUUUUUUUAAUCUUCCACCGUUGAUGUUUCAUCAUCAAAUAUAGUUAUAGGGACUAGCAGGGAAAUUCUAUUUUAGUAGUCACAUAUUCUAUCCUGCUUUAUAUUGUUCAUGAUCCACUUUAAAAGAAUAGGAUGUUUUUUUUGUUUAAACCCACUGUUACAAGUUCCUUCACAAGAACAUCAAUCCACUAUUUAGUCAUCCCUAUA